AUGCCAGUGCCAGACAAUGAGAUCAAAGGGCGCCUGGCCCUCGUGACGGGCGCCUCUGGAGGCAUAGGAGGUGCUUGUGCCCGUGACCUCUUCGUCAACGGCGCCCAUCUCGCCCUGACCUACUCCCGGAACAAGGCCUCGGUAGACACGCUCGUCUCCGAGCUCCAGCAGCUGCCCCAGUGGUCCUCAGCCAAAGUCAGCACGCACCAGGCCGAUAUGGCCUCGGCCGAGGACAUCCAGCGCAUCUUUACCGAGAUCAAGGACCAGCACGGCCAGGACGGCCCCGACAUUCUAGUCUCGAAUGCGGGCUACGGGAAGCGCAUCCCCAACAUCCUAGACAUCCCCAUCGACGAGUUUGACUACACGCUCACGGUCAACCUGCGCGCGAGCUUCAUCCUGUGCAAGCUGUCGAUCCCGCACAUGCAGACCCGCGGCUGGGGCAGGAUCGUCUUCAUCGGCAGCCUGGCCGCGUAUGGAGGUGGCAUCAACGGGUGCCACUACGCAGCCAGCAAGGCCGGGCUGCAGGGCAUGAUGAGGAACCUGGCGAGGAAACAUGCUGGGCAGGGGAUCACGGUGAACGAUAUUGCGCCGGCUAUGGUCGGGGACACGGGGUUGGUGCCAGACGAGAACAGUGUCAAGGGCACGGCCGGCGACGUGAACAACAUCCCUGUGGGCAGGUUGGGAUCGCCUCAGGAGGUUGCCAAUAUGGUGACCAUGUGCGUGAGGACGGGAUACCUCACAGGACAGAGCAUGUUAUUGAGUGGUGGAUUGAUGUAA